AUGUCGGAAUCAAACCUCUUCAAACCCCUCAAAGUCGGCCAUCUCCAACUUCAAAACCGGGUUGUCCUUGCACCACUCACACGUUUCCGUGCCGAUGAUAAACACGUCCCUCUCCCAUUCGUCACCAAGUACUAUGAGCAGCGCAGUUCCGCCCCAGGCACACUUCUGAUCACCGAAGCAACCUUUAUCGCACCCCAAGCAGCCGGCUUUCCCAACGCCCCAGGGAUCUGGAACGAAGAGCAAAUCAAGUCCUGGAAACACGUGACCGAUGCCGUGCACGAAAAGGGUUCUUUCAUAUACUUGCAACUGUGGGCACUGGGACGAGCUGCCUACGCGAGCGUGUUGAAGGCAGAAUUGGGCCCGGAUGCUCAGGUAAAGAGUUCGAGCGAUGUCCCGAUUACUGGACAGGAUGUACCUACGCCUUUGACGGAAGCUGAAAUCCAUGAGUAUAUUGGACUAUAUGCUCAGGCUGCGAAGAAUGCUGUGGCGGCUGGUUUUGAUGGCGUGGAAAUCCAUGGGGCUAAUGGAUACUUGGUUGAUCAGUUUACGCAAGAUAUUACAAACAAGAGGACGGACAAGUGGGGUGGAAGCGUGGAGAACAGGGCUAGGUUCGGCAUCGAGGUUACAAAGGCUGUGGUCAAAGCUGUGGGCGCCGAAAGGACUGCAAUUAGACUGAGUCCCUACUCGCCAUACCAGGACAUGAAGAUGGCGGAUCCCGUCCCUCAGUUCACAUACCUUACUGAAGAGCUUAAGAAGCUCAAGCUGGCGUACCUCCACGUCGUCGAGUCGAGGGUGAAUGGAUCAACUGAUGUUGAAGAGGCUACUGUAGAGUCCCUCGACUUUAUAGUCGACAUUUGGGCGAAGACAAGCCCCGUGUUUCUUGCAGGAGGCUUCAAGCCCGAUACUGCCAAGGAAGCUGUCGAUUCGGUGUACAAGGAUAAAGAUAUCGCAAUUGUCUUUGGGCGAUACUUCAUCUCGAAUCCGGAUCUGGUGUUUAGACUCAAGCAAGGAAUUGCACUAGAGCCGUAUGAUAGAAGCAAGUUCUACACUGCAAAGGAAGAGGAUGGAUAUAUAACUUCGCCCUUUAGCAAGGAAUUCGAAGCGGCAAAGGUGUAG